AUGAACAGGCACUACGCCUCCCCCAAGGGCCAGUCCUUUCCCUUCUCCAUCCCGUCGAAUCGCUUUCAACCGCGCCCGCAGCCCGCUUUUCGCCGACGACGCCAGCUUUUCCACCGACUGCUUCUUCUCGGCAGCGUAUCCAUCCUCCUCUUUCUCUUCAUAUUCCCGUCCUGGCGCGCGGCCCUUCUUCCCGCGAUUUCUCUCGGUCUCGUCAACAGCUCCGAAGACCUCCAUCACCUCCAAACAGUCCGCUACUAUGACCUCUCAGAAAUGCAAGGUACGGAAAAGGGUUGGGAGCGCGGCGAGCGGGUCCUGAUGCUCACGCCGCUUCGUGAUGCGUCGUCCCAUCUGCCCAUGUUCUUUUCGCAUCUGCGAAAUUUGACGUAUCCCCAUAAUCUGAUCGACUUGGCCUUUUUGGUAUCGGAUUCACGGGAUGACACGAUGGACAUGCUGUCACGUAUGCUGCAAGAAGUACAGAACGACCCCGAUCCAAGUAUGAGCUUUGGCGAAAUCUCGGUCAUCCAGAAGGAUUUUGGUCAAAAGGUCCAGCAGGACGUGGAGAGUCGACAUGGCUUUGAGGCCCAGGCCAGUCGGCGCAAACUCAUGGCGCAAGCCCGCAAUUGGCUGCUCAGUGCCACACUGCGUCCCACCCACAGCUGGGUCUAUUGGCGCGAUGCAGAUGUCGAGACGGCACCGGUCACGAUUAUUGAGGAUCUGAUGCGGCAUAAUAAGGACGUGACGGUACCGAACGUCUGGCGCCCGCUUCCGGAUUGGCUGGGCGGGGAACAACCGUACGAUUUGAACUCGUGGCAAGAGUCGGAAACGGCCCUGGCCCUGGCCGAGAGCUUGGACGAAGAUGCGGUCAUUGUGGAGGGAUAUGCAGAGUAUGCGACGUGGCGGCCUCAUCUGGCCUACCUUCGCGAUCCCUACGGAGAUCCUGAUAUGGAGAUGGAAUUGGAUGGCAUUGGCGGUGUCAGCAUUUUGGCCAAGGCUCGCGUUUUCCGCUCUGGAGUCCAUUUCCCAGCCUUUAGCUUUGAACGACACGCUGAGACUGAAGGCUUUGGCAAGAUGGCCAAACGCAUGAACUUUUCAGUGAUUGGUCUUCCACAUUACACCAUUUGGCACUUGUACGAGCCCAGCCUAGACGACUUGCGCCAUAUGGAAGAGAUGGACCGUGAGCGCGAGGCCCGCGAAGAGGAGGAGCGACGAAAACAAUCUGCAGAGCAGAAGAGGAGCAAAGAAACUGCGGAUUCCGAUCAUUCAACUGGCCCCGAGUCCACUUCCGCUGAAGACUCUGCUUGA